UCCAACCUUUGUCGAAUAAAUCGACACUAACAUGUGUUUCACAUUACAGAAACUGGCUAUAGCCCAGUUUACACACAUAUACACACACUCAUGACACACCACACAUAACUCACACACACUUUCAAAAUUUCAUGUUUACACUGAACGAACCUUGCAGGUUGGUGCCGUACGUUACAGAAAGGGACCCUUAUUCCAGAAUCGAAAGGAUUAAGAGUUGUUGGAGAAGCAAGAAUAAAUUUCCUAGUUGUGCCACAUUUAGGCCAUACGAAUUGAAAGUAAACCUCGAUUACGAAGAACCAAAACCGAAGCCGUUAGACAAUAAAAAGUUCUCCUGCAAUUUUAUAUACAACCCGGUAGAAAGUCCGGCUAAUAUUGCUCCUUCGUACUUCAGAAAGCGAGAAGCAUUGACGACCUGCCAAAAGAUUUUUCAUCUGGAACCUGUCAAGUACUGUUGCCGCUGCUUCAACGUACAGAAUCGUACACAAAAUACAUCCAGGCGGUACUGAGCCUUAUUAAAGAUGUUAACCAGUGAUAGCACAAACAGCCAGCAGGAAUCGGAACUGUGCCCAACUUCCCCUUGUGGCACGUUAUAUACUCCAACCAAUUUCGUUCCCGUAUCCUGCCCUCCAAAAUGCAUGCCUGCAUGUUUCCUAUCUAUGUCGACCAAUUCAAACUCAACGGGAAAAGAUAGGAGAAGAUUAGGAUACACCGGUUUUGCUGGUUACGGAGGAGGACGUCAAACACCAGCUGUACCAGAGCCUGGAGAACUUGCUUCCAAGUUUAGCAUAGUAGGAGGCGAAGUUCAUCGUAUUUGUAAAUGCACCAGAAGAAACGGCUUGCAAGACGAUUGCCCGAUGCCGGGUUGUCGUGGCAAUCCGAAAUGUCUAGAAACUCCGUUUCCCACUUGCGCUCCUGCAGGUUUUAUCGACUCACCAACUACAGAACAAUACCCUAUUCUAUGUUGUUGCUCUUACUCACAAAAUUCGGAAGAUUACCCAUUAGACGAUUGCCUACAAUUUGUAUCUUGUCCUAACUAUUAGUUACUGUCCCACACAACAUAUACACAUUAAUACAACAUAACACUCAUUCAUAACACAACUUGCGUUUCAUUACUUAGCUAGCUUAUAUUUGAACUUCGACGGCUUAUUAACUAGUCCUUUUGGUGAAUCUUAGAUUUAAGUUUAAUGAAGCAAUAUCUUAAGUACUCGAGAAACACCCACUUACACACAUUGACAAAUUAUACAAAUGUUUAAC